CCCCAACCCAUCUCAAAUCGAUCGGAGCACAACAGAAGCCACACGCUCACAACACACAAGCAAGCAAGCAAUCUGAGGAGAAGCCGGCCGCCGAUUUCCCCAGCCCGUGCAUUGUUCCCGAUGGCGACCAUGGUGAUGGCCUCCGCCGCGAGCUCCCUCGCCUUCGCCGCCACCGGCGCGAGCGCCGGCCGCUUCCCCGCCCGGCUUCCGGCGGCGGCGGGGCUCGCGCCGCGCCGGCGCGCACCGCUCGUCAGGGCGCAGGCUAAUAAGGGUCCUGAGAAGCCGGCAGCGAGCCCGGGGCUCUGGGACGCGCUGGCGUUCAGCGGCCCGGCCCCUGAGCGCAUCAACGGGCGGCUCGCCAUGGUCGGCUUCGUGUCCGCGCUCGCCGUCGAGGCGUCCCGCGGCGGGGGCCUCCUCUCGCAGGCCGGCAGCGGGUCUGGGCUGGCCUGGUUCGUGGCCACGGCCGCCGUGCUCUCCGUGGCGUCGCUGGUGCCGGUCCUCAAGGGGGAGAGCGCCGAGGCCCGCAGCGGCGGCGUCAUGAGCGCCGACGCCGAGCUCUGGAACGGCCGCUUCGCCAUGCUCGGGCUCGUCGCGCUCGCCGUCACCGAGUACAUCACCGGCGCGCCCUUCGUCAACGUGUAAAAUAUAACGGCCUACGUUGGUGUACGGGCACGUGUAGCUGUGUAGUAGAGGAGGUAGUGUAAACCUUGGCUAGGACACUCUGGACAGGACUCCUUCGUAAAACUCUUCCGCUAAACGGUCAUGUAAAAUUGUUGAUUUGAAAUGACUUUCUUUGCGACACAGAGUUUGCCAAUGUUUCAUGAAUUUUUCGAGUGUAAAUGUGACCAUAAGUUUGCCAAAUGGCCUAAUGUUUCAUGAUUUUUUCA